AAAUGGCAGCAGGAAAUUUGAGACAGUGAAGCAAUUAAUGCUUCGUGAAUUAGAUAUAAAAUUUAUAUAUUUUAUAAUUAUCUUAUUAUUCCCCAAAUUGUUGAUAUGGCGGAAACAUUAGAAGACGCACUAACUGCUGCUCGUAGAGCUGUACAAUUUGACAAAAAUAAUCAAUAUAAACAAGCUUUGUAUUAUUAUAAUAUCGCUGUAAAAGUUCUUACUAGGUUACAAUUAGACGAUAUAUAUGAGCAGAAGCUUUCAGACUAUCGCGAAAGGAUAUCAUUUAUACAACAUCUCGUUAAUAAGGAGGAACAGCGUAGUCAUAAAACAGAACCAUCAUGUCAUGAAUUACAAAGAUGUAAAUUUCUCAUAAGCCAAGCAUUAGAUGCAGACGAAGCGGGUUUAAAAGAUAUUGCAGUAAAAUUAUAUACAGAUGCUGCUGAACUUGGUCUUAGUACAAAAACUAGUGAUGUUGAAAUAAAGGCAAAAUUGACAGAUCUAGUUAGAGUUGCUGUUGAACGAGCAGAAUCUUUGAAGGGAAUCAAAAGUCCUGUUGAAGAUGAUAGUGUUAUUACAAGUCUUGCUAAACUACCACCUGUACCAGAAACUAAUUUUCCAGAUAUUAUGUCAUCGGUAAAUGCCUCAGCUGCCCCAAUUGCAAGAAAUGUUAAUAAGCCUCAACUUCAUCGUGGAAGCAGUGCUCAUCUUAAAGUUACUGGAGGAACUAGUAACUAUACUGAAGAAGAAAAAAGAGUAUUGUUCCAUAGUUCUCACAUAAAUGACAAUGAAUUUGUACCAUUCAUGAAUAUUGAUCUUGCUGAAAAGUUUAGAUAUGCUAUUCCUUUUACUGAUAAAGAUGGAUUAUUAGUGUUAGCGCCAAAACAAAAACUUGACUUUGAUAGAUGGUGUCGACCAGAAGAAUUGUAUUCUGAACCAAAAAUAGUCAUUGGUCACCAUGUAGACUACUACAGCAUAAAACAAACGGUAAUUUCUGACUGUUCCUUUGUUGCUUCACUUGCUGUGAGUGCUCAAUACGAGAAGAAAUUCGGACGAAGACUUAUAACAUCUAUUAUUUAUCCCAAGAAUAAACAAAAGGAGCCCAUAUAUAAUCCAUUUGGAAAAUACAUGGUGAAACUACACAUCAAUGGUGUUCCACGCAAAGUAAUAAUAGAUGACCGUUUGCCUGUAAGCCGAUACAACCAAUUACUUUGUUCCUACUCUAGCAAUCGCGGGGAGCUUUGGAUUUCUUUACUUGAGAAGGCUUAUAUGAAAGUAAUGGGUGGUUAUGAUUUUCCUGGAUCGAAUAGUAAUAUAGAUUUACAUGCCUUAACUGGCUGGAUUCCUGAGAGAUGGGCAAUAAGACCAAAUGACGUGGAUUUUAAUAAGGAUAAUCUAUUUGAUACAUUAUUAUUACGGCUUCAUAAAGGUGACGUGCUAGUCACUGUAGCCACAGGAGAGUUAUCAGAUGCAGAUGCAGACCGCACAGGUCUUGUACCAAAUCAUGCUUAUGCCGUCCAUGAUGUGAGAAAAAUUAAUGGAGAAAGAUUAUUACAAUUAAAAAAUCCAUGGUCUCAUUUGCGAUGGAGAGGCAAUUAUUCCGAGCUCGAUAUGAGACAUUGGACUCAGGAUUUAAAGGAAGCAUUAAAUUAUGAUCCAGAGUCUGCUUCUGAAUUUGACAAUGGUGUUUUUUGGAUCGAUUACGAUAGUAUUUGUCGAUUUUUUUAUGUGUUUUAUCUAAACUGGAAUCCAGGAUUGUUUAGUCAUACUUAUUGUAUACAUCAAAUGUGGAAAGCUGGUAUCGGUCCUGUUAAGGAUGCAUAUAAUAUCGGUGAUAAUCCGCAGUUCUCAUUAGAGGUAGAAGGAAAAAGAAGUGGUGCUAUCUGGGUACUUCUUACGAGGCAUAUUACAGAUAUAGCUGACUUUCGACAGAAUCAAGAAUACAUUACAGUUUUGAUAUAUCGCAAUAAUGGGAAAAGAGUCUAUUAUCCACAUGAUCCACCACCGUACAUUGAUGGUGUGAGAAUAAACAGUCCGCACUACUUAUGCAAGAUUAAAUUGGGAGAGCAUAGCGAUUCCAAGUAUACUCUAGUCAUAUCUCAAUAUGAAAAAACUAAUACAAUCUAUUAUACACUUCGCGCAUAUGGCACGUGUCAAUUUUCAUUGCAGAAAAUACCACAAUUCUAUGAAUAUGAACAAGAGGUUACGGGCCAAUGGAAAGGUGCCACAGCAGGAGGAUGUGGCAAUCAUCCCACAUAUAUGAGAAAUCCGCGAUACCAAGUAGUAUUCGAAAGCCCCCAUAAUAACAACUAUCUAUUAAUUAUUUUGAAAGGACCUAAACAAUACCAAAUAGGUUUUGACAUUAACACUGUUGUAUUGAAUGAUGCAAAUGCAGCUACUGCAUUUAAAACAAAAAGCUCGGGACCAUUCAGAUCUGGCUUUGUAUAUUUAGAACUCGAAGAUGUACCAGCAGGAACAUAUCAUAUUAUUCCUUCAACAUAUAUGCCUGAUCAAGAAGGACCGUUCUUUUUGAUUUGCAAAUCUUCUUGUAAUUUGCAACUUCAACUUUUUUCAGCAAAUUAGAUAUAUUAUUAUAGCUGAUCACAACUUUUCUGAAUUGCUUGUAUAUAUAUUCGUAUAGAUGU